AUCGUUCACAUCUUCAAAAACAGAACAUUGGUGAAACGUCAGAACACGAUGUAAUGGGUAUAGAGUACGUUGGAAUACCGCGAUAUGUCAAGAUAAGAAAUCAUGGUGAUAAUACCCACAAAUCGGAUGAAAACAAAGUUAAGAGAAUCGAAAGUGGUGAUAAUAAUGAUUAUAACAUUAUUAUUAAUAUCAAUAUUGAUAAGAAAGAUGGUCAUGAGGAAGAGCCUAACAAUGGUGAUGAAAUUUAUAAUCCUUUCCUUCAUUGA